CGUAAACAAUGUAUUUUUCAAAUGAAUACAUUGCAUCAAAUUACAAUAUUUGAUUAAAUGCAUUAAUUUGGAGAAUUAAACCUCACCGCUAAAUAAAAGUAAGAAAACGGCGGGCUCGCUCUGAUUCUCCUACUUCGACGACGAAAACCCUAAACCCGUGGUACCCAGCAAAGUAAACCGAUAUUCCCACCUCCCUCCGCGGCACCACCGGCUGGCUUGUACCACCGCCAACCGCUACUUUGUUGCCGCCAACUCAGUCCCUCCAACUCCAAAGUGCCAACCGAGCUCCCCUUUAUGUGAAGCGCUUCUUCUGAGAAACAGGAGAGAAAGAAAAGAGAAUGAACAAUCUGAAGCUUCAUUCUGAGAUUUCUCUCCAUCUGGAGUUGCAAUCGGAACGAGAAAACGUGCUCUUCUCUGCCUUCGAUGUAGAGCGCAACCGCUUGUUCUUUGCUUCUUCUGCCAAUUCCCUGUACACCACGCAGCUCUCUUCUUUCCAGAACGGAACAUCGUGGAAGGAGACCAUAUUGUCUGCAGAAGUUCGUCUCCUUGAUUUGGAGAAUGGGGAUGCCAUUACUUCCUUUGAUUACCUCAUGGAGAAAGAGGCGUUGAUUAUGGGGACUUCCAAUGGUCUUCUGUUGCUGCAUAUGGUGGAUGACAAUGCUACAGAAGUUGUUGGUCAAGUGGAGGGUGGUGUCAUCUGUAUCUCGCCCAGCCCAGAUGGAGAUCUGCUUACUGUUGUCACUGGUUCAGGGCAGCUGCUGGUGAUGACCCUCGAUUGGGAUGUCUUGUAUGAAACUACUCUCGAGGAUCCUCCAGUGGAUGGUGUUGACGUAAGUGGACCAGCUUUAUCUUCUUCCUUUAUUUCUAAGAGUUCCAUAGCUUGGAGAGGUGAUGGGAAGUAUUUUGCAACUCUGAGUGAGAUUAACGGCACUGCUUCUUCCCUCGGCAAAAAGCUUAAGGUUUGGGAACGGGACUCGGGUUCGUUGCAUUCCUCAUCAGAUGCAAAGUCAUUUAUGGGAGCAGUUGUGGAAUGGAUGCCUAGCGGAGCGAAAAUUGCUGCGGUAUAUGACAGGAAAGCUGAGAAAGAAUGUCCUGUGAUAGUUUUUUACGAAAGGAAUGGAUUGUAUCGUAGCUGUUUUAGUAUCAAUGGACCUGCAGAUGCAACAGUAGAAACUUUGAAGUGGAAUGGUGCUUCUGACCUACUUGCUUCUGUUGUUAGAUAUGAUGACGUUGACGCUGUUAAGAUUUGGUACUUCAGUAACAAUCACUGGUACUUGAAACAUGAAGUUCAAUUCCCAAGGCAAGAUGGUGUGAACUUGAUGUGGGAUCCUAUAAAGCCACUGCAGUUGAUCUCUUGGACUCUUGGCGGCCAGGUUACAGUCUACAAUUUCACAUGGGUUACUUCUAUUAUGGAAAACUCAACAGCUCUGGUGAUUGACAAUGCAAAGAUACUUGUGACUCCCCUUUCUUUGACCCUCAUGCCACCUCCUCUACAUUUGUUCUGCCUGAAAUUUCCAAGUGCUGUGCAAGAUGUUGCUUUCCACUGCAAGGGUUCUAAGAGCGACGUUGCUGCCUUUCUUUCUGAUGGCAGUUUGUGUGUAGCGGAACUUCCUGAUACUGAUUUAUGGGAGGAACUUGAGGACAACGAGCUUAGCAUUGAAUCUUCCGUCUCAGAUCUUGCUUUCGGAUCUCUUUCACAUCUCACAUGGUUGAAUUCUCAUUCACUUCUUGCGGUUUCUCGUCACAGUGUCAGUUCCCAUGGUAUUCCAUGUGAGGAAAAAGUGAGUGGUUCUUAUCUGCUGGAAAUUGAACUUACGUGUUCUGAGGAUCAUGUGCCAGGUUUGGUCACAAACUCAGGAUGGCAUGGAAAGAUUUCGUAUAAAAGCUAUUUGGAAGGACUUGUAAUUGCAAUCACCUCCAAUCCUGCCAAUGUUUCUUCUGCAUUUGUUCAGUUUGAUGGUGGGAAAGUGUUGAACUACAAGUCGAAGUCUGGUUUGGCUACUACUGAAUGGAUUGCAAACCAUGACACCAUCAGUUUUCCUUCUUCUUGCCCUGGAAUGCGUGCUGCUCUUGUCUGUGAUGGUGGGGAACUACAGCCCUUGCUCUUUGGUCUUGAUGAUAUUGGAAGGCUGCAUGUCGGCCAAGAAACUUUGUGUAACAACUGCAGUAGUUUCUCAUUCUACUCAAAUAUGGCCGACCAACUGACCACUCAUUUGGUCCUUUCAACCAAACAGGAUUUCCUAUUUAUCGUAGGUAUUGUUGACAUACUCAAUGGAGAAAUAGAAACGAAAUAUCAGAACUUCUUCCAUGUGGGUGCAAGGAAAAGAGAUCAAGAAAAUCCCAACUUUAUAAAUAUUUGGGAAAGAGGUGCUAAAGUUGUUGGUGUAUUACAUGGUGAUGAAUCUGCUGUCAUCGUCCAAACAACUCGUGGGAACCUUGAAUGCAUUUAUCCAAGAAAGCUGGUCCUAUCAUCAAUUGUCAAUGCUUUGAUCCAAAGACGUUACAGAGAUGCACUCCUCAUGGUCAGGAGGCAUAGAAUUGAUUUCAAUGUCCUUGUUGACUAUUGUGGUUGGCAAACAUUUCUGCAAUCAGCAUCAGAGUUUGUCAGACAAGUUGACAACUUGAGCUACAUCACUGAGUUUGUAUGUGCAGUGAAAAGUGGGAAUAUCAUGGAGACAUUGUACCAUAAUUAUGUUUCUUUGCAUGGUGUAAAAGAAACCAACGAUGCUCAAUCCAAAACUGCUGAUACUUACGAUAACGACAAAGUUUCCUCUAUCCUGUCAGCUAUAAGGAACGCUCUCGAGGAACACGUCUCUGAAAGUCCUGCAAGGGAACUUUGCAUACUGACCACUCUAGCUCGUGCUGAUCCACCAGCCCUUGAAAUAGCUUUGGAGAGAAUAAAAGUUAUACGUGAAAUGGAAUUAUUAGGAUCAGAUGACUCUAGGAAGGUGACAUAUCCUUCUGCUGAGGAAGCUUUGAAACAUCUCCUGUGGUUAUCUGAUUCUGAGGCUGUUUUCGAUGCAGCUUUAGGUCUUUAUGACUUAAACCUGGCGGCUAUCGUGGCACUGAACUCUCAGAGAGACCCAAAGGAAUUUCUUCCUUAUCUACAAGAGCUCGAAAGCAUGCCCAGUCUUAUAAUGCGGUACAGUAUUGACCUUAGAUUGAAAAGACUCGAUAAUGCACUCAAGCAUAUUGUCAUGGCUGGUGAUGCUUACUAUACAGAUUGUCUAAAUCUCUUGAAGAAAAACCCAAACCUUUUUCCUUUAGGGCUUCAAUUGAUCACUGAUCCUACCAGGAAGAUGCAGGUCCUUGAGGCCUGGGCUGACCAUCUGAGUGAUGAGAAGUCCUUUGAGGAUGCUGCAACAACUUACCUCUGCUGUUACAGACUGGAGAAAGCUUUGAAGGCGUAUCGUGCCUGUGGUAACUCGACAGGUGUACUCACAGUAGCCGGUCUCCUUAAAAUGGGAAGGGAUGAGCUAUUGCAGCUUGCUCAUGAUCUUUGUGAGGAGCUCCAAGCAAUGGGCAAACCAGGGGAAGCAGCCAAGAUUGCCUUGGAGUAUUGUGGAGAUGUUCAUGGUGGGGUAAGUUUAUAUAUCAGUGCAAGAGAGUGGGAGGAAGCCAUGAGGGUUUCUUUCAUGCACAUGGAGGAGAAGUUAAUCUCAGAAGUGAAAAAUGCAUCCCUGGAAUGUGCAAGCACUCUUAUUGGUGAAUAUGAGGAAGUCUUAGAGAAAGUGGGGAAAUACUUGACUCGGUACCUAGCUGUUCGCCAGAGAAGGUUGCUCCUUGCAGCAAAGCUUCAGUCGGAGGAGCGGUCGGUGAAUGAUGUGGAUUAUGAUACAGCAUCAGAAGCUAGUAGUAACUUCAGUGGAAUGAGUGCCUACACCACUGGGACGAGAAGAACUUCUGCUGCUUCUGUGAGCUCAAGUACUACUAGCAGGAGAAGGGAUGCAAAGCGUCAAAAGAGUAGAGGAAAGAUUCGUCCUGGAAGCGCUGGAGAGGAGAUGGCACUGGUGGAGCAUUUGAAGGGCAUGUCUCUCUCAGCUGGGGCAGCCCGUGAGCUCAAGUCAUUGUUGUGUUGCCUCAUGAUGCUUGGGAGUGAAGAAAUCGCAAGGAAGCUACAACGAGUUGCAGAGAACUUUCAGCUGGCUCAGAUGGCAGCAGUCAAACUAGCAGAAGAUACAGUGUCUUGUGAUUCUAUAAACGAACAGGCGCAUGCUUUGGAGCGUUAUGUAGACAAAAAAAGGGCCGACCCAGAAACUUCACUGGCAAUGUCUUGGCGCUCUAAAGUUUUGAUUUCUCCUUAGGAAGGUCAGGUCAGGUCAAUUGAUCAGAUGUUGCCUACUUUCUUUAGCCGUUGUCGAGUUGAUUGGAUAGACGAAGCACGAAGAUGAUGUGGAAAAAAGCAGUGUGCGCAGGAAUCGCAAUCAUAUCGAAAAAGUUGGUACUAGGUUGUUUCGUAUUAGUUAUUUUGUACUAAAAUUAAAUUAUGGUUCAAUCGUUUUCUGUCUUUAACAUUGUCACUCGAUUUGUGAUUCAAUAUUUUCGGUCAGACCGAAUUCUCUAAACCAUAUCUUAAAACUAGCUGCAUGUAGCCAUGCAUGGACUUCUUACAGAGUAAUGCCAAAAAUGAGGUGCCAAGCUGGAGCACUCGCACGUGGAAACAGGUUCGACAUCUGUACCCACUUCCUGCCAACAUGGCGCCUCUGCUGUCGCCACGUUUCAGCAGAUUCACCAUUUAUCUCUCUCUUUUGAUUCAGCGCGGGCGCGGCACAACACUCUUAUUAUCCAAAAAACCCAAAAUGGGUAUUGUCGGGUUCGAAAUCCAAUCCUCCGCCACCGUUUCUUCAGUAUUCUCUUCAUACACAAUCAUGCUCAUCAGGAAAGCCAUCCCAAAAUCUGCUGCCACCGCCACCGCCGCCGCCCCUUCACUUCAACUAGCCGGCAGACGGCUGCCGCUCUGCUGCGAGAAGAAGCCGAAUCUCUUUUGUUCCUUUGUAGCCCGCUCGAUGGUCAACGGGCAGUAUCCUACUCCACCGGAGGUUCCGGGCACAAGCACUCCGCCGGAGAUCCCUACAAAGAGGACCGAUUACCCGACUCCUCCGAUUCAGCCGGAAGUGCCGGGACUUCCAACUGGCCCAGAAAUAGAGAUAGAUCCGGGAAGGGAACUGCCGAUGCAGCCACCGGGGAUCCCCGAGGUGCCUAACCCUUUUCCUCGGAGGGGACCCGAGAUUCCGGUUCCUCCCAUGCCUUCCCCGCCGCCGGAUGUUCCCUUUCCGAGGCCGCCGCCGCCACGAGUGCCUCCCGAUCCGGAUAUUUUGCCACCGAAUAUGCCUCCGGAAAUUCCGCCCUCGGCUCCCGAUCCGGAUAUUUUACCACCACCUACUCCUCCGGAUAUUAAGCCGCCGCCUGGACCUUGUGUUUUGUUUUUGAUUUCUUAGUUAGUAUGAAGGAAUCAUGGUUGUGAGAAGGCAGAUUAAUCCUCUGGAGUUGGGUUUUAUAUGCACUUUUUAUGCGUCUUUAUGAAAUGUACCACAGGCAUGUAUAGUUUAAUUACCAGCAGAUAAUAAUAUUGCUGGUUGAUGCUACUAGCUAGCUUACCUAGC